CACACAAACUUAUCGCUGGUUUUAAUUAAUAAUAAAAAACCAUAUGAAAAAAACACGAGGGGAAAGAGCGGAAAAAUCUCUACAGAAAACAAGCAAAAGCGUAAGCGAAAAACGAGGCCACGCCACAAACAGCAGCUAUCUUGUGGUCAAUUAUACAACUCGAACAGCGAACAUAUAAAAAAUACAGUAAAAAAAGCACAGUAAUCCAACAGCCAUUUUUGACCAAUAAUAAUAAUGGUCAUGUUGCUGCAUUCGAAGCGACAACUGCCGCCAGCAGCAGCAGCAGCAGCAUCAUCAUCGAGAACGAGAAGAAAACUUGAGAGAACACGGACAUGGUCGUCCCUGAUGAUGACAAUGCUAGUGCUCUUGAGCAGCAGCGGACACGCGCUUGGAAACAGCUACAGCUACAGCAGCAUCAGCAGCAGUGGUGGUGGCAACCUGAGUGCCCCACAGCGUGGCUCCCUUUCUGCAACAAGUAAUGGAGGACUCGUGUUGAUCGGCAGCAGCAGCUCGACUUCCAGCUCGAGUUCGAGUUCCGUGCCCUCAUUAUCCCUUACUUCAUCAUCAUCCACCUCUUCCACGAGCAGCGGCAGCAGUUCAUCUUCAUCUGGUGGUGCCUCAAACAGUGGCAACCACCGCAGUGGUCGCCUGGCGAGCAGCAGCAGCGGGGGCAUACAAAGUGGCACGAAUGAUCAAUUACCCGCCCAACUCUCCUCACGCAUCAUCCACACACGCAAUGGCGCCAUCUCGGGUAUAAUUGUCCAAUUAGAUGGCAGGCAUUUGGAUCCGGUGGAGGCGUAUCGAGGCAUCCCCUACGCCUCGCCCCCCGUCGGCAAUUUGCGUUUCAUGCCACCCGUUUCGGCGGCCAUGUGGUCGGGUGUCAAAAAGGCGGACAGAUUCAGUCCGGUUUGCCCGCAACGUCUGCCGGAUAUUCACAAUGAGACGGCAACACUGGAACGAAUGCCCAAGGGACGUCUGGAGUAUCUAAAGCGUUUGCUGCCGUAUCUGCAGAAUCAAUCAGAGGAUUGUCUUUAUCUAAAUAUUUAUGUGCCCAUACAAGUUGGUUCACGUGAUUCCACGGGCAGUGGCUCCGCCUCCGGUGGCAGUUCCAGCUCCUCAUCAUCAUCAUCUUCCUCGUCUUCUGGCAGUGGAAAUCCUACAAAAUAUCCUGUUCUGGUGUUUGUCCAUGGCGAAUCAUAUGAAUGGAACAGCGGCAAUCCGUACGAUGGCUCCGUUCUGGCAAGCUAUGGACAAAUAUUGGUGGUAACCAUAAAUUAUCGCCUCGGAGUGCUGGGAUUUCUGAAUGCCAACACGGACCGAUACUCGAAGCUGCCGGCCAAUUAUGGCCUGAUGGACAUCAUUGCCGCAUUGCAUUGGCUCAAGGAGAAUAUUGCUGCCUUUGGCGGUGAUCCCAAUAGCAUAACCCUCGCCGGACAUGGCACUGGCGCGGCGUGCGUCCACUUUCUCAUAUCAUCAAUGGCCGUGCCAGAGGGCCUACUGUUCAAUCGCGCCAUUCUCAUGUCCGGUUCGGGCCUGGCCCCUUGGUCACUGGUCAGCAAUCCAGCAAAAUAUGCCGCCAUCGUGGCCCACCAUGUGAACUGUGCAUCCGACCUGCCGCACGCGCAUCUGAUGAAGUGUCUGCGCGAGAAGACGCUCGAGCAACUGCUGAGCGUUCCCAUCCGUCCGCCCGAAUUCGGUUUUGCCUUUGGGCCGAGCAUCGAUGGCGUGGUCAUCGAUGGCGGAGAUUAUGUUCCCCCAGCACCAGGCUCGGCGGCAGCUCAGGCCCAAGCGCAGGCCUCCACAGCCGCUGGGAAUGGCCUCGGCGGAGAGGCAGGGAUUGCCGCUGCUGGAGGUUGGGGCACGCCCGGACAGCUGGAGAAUAUCGUAUUAAUGAGAAAAACUGCCAUUAACAAGUUGUCAAGAUACGACCUGAUGGCCGGUGUGACACGUGCCGAGGCCUUUUUCAGCUUCAAUUCGGGAGAUGUGCAAUAUGGCAUCGAGGCGGAUCGAAGGUCGAGAAUUUUAAAGGCCUACGUGAGGAACACGUACACAUUUCAUUUGAACGAGAUAUUCGCAACGAUUGUCAACGAGUAUACGGAUUGGGAGAGGCCCGUCCAGCAUCCAAUUAAUAUCCGCGAUGAAACACUGGAAGCAUUAAGCGAUGCUCAAGUUGUGGCCCCGGCGGCACAAACUGUUGAUUUGCAUUCGGCGGAUCAUCGAAACUCGUAUCUAUAUGUUUUCGACUACCAGACGCGCUUUGGGGAUUAUCCACAGCGUCAGGGCUGCAUCCAUGGCGAGGACCUGCCAUACAUCUUUGGUGCACCGCUCGUUGGUGGUUUCAAUCAUUUCACGCGCAACUACACGAAAACCGAAAUCAGUCUAUCGGAGGUGGUCAUGUUUUACUGGGCCAACUUUGUGCGCACUGGCAAUCCAAACGAACAAAUGGAAACGGAGCACAGCAGUCGACAGGAGAGGAGUCGCUACAAGACCAUCGAAUGGACCGCGUAUGAGAGUGUACACAAGAAGUACUUGAAUUUUGACACCAAACCAAAGCUCAAGAACCAUUAUCGGGCACAUCGUCUAUCGUUUUGGUUGAAUCUCAUACCGGAUCUGCACAAGCCAGGGGGCGAUAAUGUCCCAGCAGCCCAUCAUCAGCUGAACGACGACGAUGAGGAGGAUAACAAUAUACCGAAUGAUGCCUCUGUAAAACCGCUGAAUCCCCCCUACACCUCGAGGGCAGCGAAUGCAGCGGCAAUGGGAAAUUUUACGAUUUUUACAAAUCAAGUGUUUUCCCUGCUGAAUCUCAGCUCCCCCUCCUCCUCUCUACAGCGGAAUGGCACACGCUAUGGCGGGAAUAAAAUCUAUCCCGAUGACAUGAUGGAUCCGGAUCAUGCGGCCGGUGGAGCGGCCAGUGCCUCGCAGGAUAACGAUGGCUUUGCGGCAUACUCCACGGCACUGAGUGUCACCAUUGCCAUCGGAUGUUCCCUGCUGAUUCUCAAUGUCUUAAUCUUUGCUGGUGUUUACUAUCAGCGCGAUAAGACGCGUUUGAGUGAGCCACGGCCGCAGACGAAGUUAAAGCGGCAGGAAAAUGGCCAAAUCCCAAACAGCAUCUGUGGAGAUCUGGAGACCCUGACAAUCCAUGCAAAGAGCGACCCUGGCACGAUCCUAUCCCAUCAUCAUGCCAUGCAGCAUCAUCAGCUUCCACCGCCGGAAUUCGCGGAUAUUCCACAUCGCGCACCACCGCCUCCGAAGCACAUGAAAACGAUGCAGGAUCCAGGGGGUGGCGGUGGUGGUGUCGUCCCCCCAACACAUGCCCUGCAAGUGCUGGGCAAUCAGUGCGGGACUCUGACCAAAAAGAGUUGCAUGAAGCAGACACAGGCGCAGGCACAGCAGCACUCCCCCUCCCAGCAGCAGCAUCAGUCGCAUCAGCAGCAGCAGCAGCAGCCGCAUCAGCAACAGCAGCAACAACACGUGGUAACACAUCAGCAACAUUUGCAGAAUCAUCAUAAUCAAAGCAUGACCACUGUUCUAACCACAGCCGGUGGAUUGGUGGUGCCAACCCCGCCCACAGUGCCUGUGAUUGUGGCAGCCCCCACACAACAGCAGCAACAGCAACAGCAACAGCAGCACCACCAACAGCAACAGCAACAGCAGCAGCAGCAGCAGCAACAUCCACUAAUGGAUGAGCUCCGUGUGUGACAUUAAUUGACCGUGCGUUUUAAAUGUGAUCUCUAAGCGCACAGUCCAUCCUAUACUCCAUAGCCUAUAUGCCCUACAACCCAGCCCAUGUCCUUCCAUUCCGUUUUCCCUACAUUUUUCAGCUGUCGGUGAGUGUCUGUGUCAAUAUCCCCCGGGUGAAUGGUUGAAUUUCUCUCUAUAUAGCGCGUAAGUGUAUGAAUGCUCUAUCCUGAUGUAACAGGAUUUAAAAUCCAAUGCUAAUCCUCGCUGACCAAGCUAUAACUUUGUUGCUAGUUGAUUUUAUGAUUACAUAUAUAUAAAUAUAUAUAGAUCGUAUAUAUAUUGUAUAUACUUAGUUAUAACUAAAGAGUAGAGAUUGUUGUUAGGACUCAUUAUCAAACGAAAAACACCCACAAGUUGGUAAAAUAUUCAGUUUUUGCAAUAAAUCAUAGAGAUUUAUGGUUUGAGGUAAAGUUUCUGUAUUCUAAUGUAUUUUUUUUACUUUUGUUGGAAUAUAUGCAGGGCUUUUCAGAACUAGUAUUGUCUCUUAUAUUUCGACACGAACUUUCCAUUCAAUUUUUUUAUAAUUUUCGACAACGAAUUCUACAAAUAUUUUUAUCACUAUCCGCCUAACAUUUCGAACACUUUUUCUUAUUAUUUUUCUAUCCCUUUCGACACUAUUUCGAUUUCUCAUUAUUUCUACAUAUUUUCAUCACUUUUUCUGCUACAAUUUCAAACACAAUUUUGACAGCUAUUAAAUUAUUAAAAAACCUCGCCCACUUUUUCGAUGCAUUUUUCAUAAUUUUCUUCAACUUUUAGCCCUGAAACGUACUGUCUGCAUCUUCAAAACCGAUUAGGACCAAUGAAAACACUUACAUCUUAAUUUUACGGAGAAAGCUUCCCCCACAAUCCGUUCUGUUUUUAGAGUAAAAAAAAAAAUAAUAAUAUUCAGUAGACAAAGCGAAACAGCAUAAGAAAAACUUAAGAAAAUUGUAAACCAAAAAAGAAAAAAGAAUCUUGAAUGUUAUUCUUCCAAAGACUGAAUUAUAAAUUGUGUACGAGUACGAGUAUUGUGUGUAAAUAAUAAAACAAAACAAAAACAAAAAAAAACUAUAGACAAAAUAUACUACACAAGAAAUUUCGAAAAAAAAAAAGGAAAAUACACAGAAACAGAACAAGAAAUCAAAUCAUGUACAGGUGUGGCAAUGGCCCUGGCCCUGGCUCUGGCUUUGUGUAAACAAAUCUUUAAUGGGAAAAACUAAAAACUGGAAAACUAAACUUUUGGUCAGAGAGGAGGAAAAAUAAGUAAAUUAAAAACUGUUAAUAUUAAGCAUGCAGGCUACUUUGUUAUUUAACUAAAUAAAUAUUUAUAUAGCCAUUAACAUUAAAUACGGUACGAUAUAUACUCGUAAACAGAAAAACCAUGCAUAAAACCUCUCUCUGUCCCUCUAGAAAUUUCUGUGUGGAAAAAUAGUUAAAAAUUCCAUUAGGAAUAAAGCGGCAUGGCAAUUGAAAUAAGCAGUUGGAAAAACCCCUAGCAAAAAUACAUACAUAUAUAAUUUCCACCACGCCACAGUUCUUUUUUCUGUUCAGUUGUUCUUAAUUUCAACAAUUGCCCCGAAAAUUGUAAUUAAAAUUGAAAUUAUAUUUAAAACGAGGCGAAACGAGAGAUCAUUAAAAUGAAAAGAGUGCGAGAAUUGCAAACAAUUUAAUAAAAAACACUUGUAAAAUAUAUAUAAAAAGCAGUCCGAGGGAAAUAAAACCCCCCAGGAAUGGAAAAACAAUUGAAAAUAUAAAAA